GGCGGUGAGUAGCUGGUACCUGGAUUUGCUUUCCUUUAUCCGUUGCCAUCCAUGGCAGGCCGAGCCUGCGGGGGCUACUUUGCCCGCAGCCCGAGGAAUAUGGAGCCCGCAAUGCUUGCCGGCCCAAAACUGGCAGAGCUGUUCGAGCCAAGGACGCAGGGUUGAAUUAUGUCACUUUCCCUGCCAUCGUUUUAGGAGCGGCUCCGGGCAGUUACCCGGAAUGCUCAGAAGCACGGCCAGGAGGCUGCAGCGAGGGCAGAUGGGGUGAAUGGAGGGUUCUGAGGCAGGGGGUCCGGGCCUUUUCCUGGUCCCGGGGACUUGAGACUUGCUCGGUGCUACGAAACCUUAGCCGGUUGCUCCGCUUAGGGAAGGUGUCAGCCUUUAGACAGCUUCCGAAUGGGAUGCUGGACGUCGCAUAACCACGUGUUUCGUGUUAACUGAGCAAUUAAGUUCUGUUUCCUCGCUUACUCCCCUUAGUUGGCCUUACAAUGGGGGGCGCUCUUCGUUACCCUGAGCCUCUUAGGGUUCGAUCUCAGUGUCCGUAUCUUUUAACACUCAAUACCUGUCCUGAGUUUUCUCUUCACCCGUUCCGUUCGUGGAGGAAGAAUAGGUCCCGAGCUGUCUUCUUCCCUUGAUGCCCCCCAAACAUGAUACCUUUUAAACAUUUAGGGUCUUCGUUACGAUUUGGGAUGAGCAGAAAUAAAAAUCCUGUGCAGAUAGAAAGUAGUAAAACUCAGGGCUCUCAGCUGUGAGUGUAUUGACUGCUGCUCUUCCCUGUUGCAGCAGGAUCAAGGUGAAAAGGAGAACCCCAUGCGGGAACUUCGCAUCCGCAAACUCUGUCUCAACAUCUGUGUUGGAGAGAGUGGAGACAGACUGACCCGAGCAGCCAAGGUGUUGGAGCAGCUCACAGGGCAGACCCCUGUGUUUUCCAAAGCUAGGUACACUGUCAGAUCCUUUGGCAUCCGGAGAAAUGAAAAGAUUGCUGUCCACUGCACAGUUCGAGGGGCCAAGGCAGAAGAAAUCUUGGAGAAGGGUCUAAAGGUGCGGGAGUAUGAGUUAAGAAAAAACAACUUCUCAGAUACUGGAAACUUUGGUUUUGGGAUCCAGGAACACAUCGAUCUGGGUAUCAAAUAUGACCCAAGCAUUGGUAUCUACGGCCUGGACUUCUAUGUGGUGCUGGGUAGGCCAGGUUUCAGCAUCGCAGACAAGAAGCGCAGGACAGGCUGCAUUGGGGCCAAACACAGAAUCAGCAAAGAGGAGGCCAUGCGCUGGUUCCAGCAGAAGUAUGAUGGGAUCAUCCUUCCUGGCAAAUAAAUUCCCGUUUCUAUCCAAAAGAGCAAUAAAAAGUUUUCAGUGAAA